AUGCUGGGACAUGUGGCCAACAUUGCCCACCUGUCCCAGGACGGUUGGGCUGGAUGCACCACAUGUCCCGGCACGGGCGGGCCAGUCCCUGGACCUGUGGUGCGCCCAGCCCCCCUGUCCCCGGAACCCAUGGUGGACAUCGCCCAGGACGGCCGGGCCUGGCUGGCCAGACCAGGCUGGCCACAUGUCCCAGAUGGGCAGGCCAAGCCUGCCUCAGGUCCGGGGACGGGUAGGCAUUAUCCUCCAUUUGUACCUGGACCGGCCGGGCCAGGUCCGCCCCUAUCCCUGGACAUGUGGCGGACAUUGGAUGCUCGUCCCGGGACCCGGAGUGGGCCCGGCCCGGCCAUCCCGGGAUAUGUGGCAGACAUUGCCCACCCUUCCUGCGACCCGGGGCGUCCCCAUCCUGCCCGUUUCGGUACAGGCGGACAUUGCUUACCCGUCCCGGGAUCCACGGCGGGCUUGGCCUGUCCGUCCCGAGACACAUGGGGAACAUUGCCUGUCCUUCCUGUGACCCGAGGCAGCCCCAGUCUGCCCGUCCCGGGACACAUGGCAGACAACUCCCACCCAUCCCGGGACAGAUGGCAGACAUUGCCUGCCUGUCCUUGCACCGGCGGUGGGCCCGACCCGCUCGUCCCGGGACACGUGGCAGACAUCGGCCACCUGUCCCUGCACCCUCAGCUUGCCUGGCCCACCUGUCCCGGGAAACGUGGCUGGCAUCUCCCGCCCAUCCUGGGACACAAGGCAGACGUUGACUGCCCCUCCUGGGACCCACGCCGAACCCUGCCUACCCGUCCCGUGACAACGGCGGGAGAUGCCCACCACUUGUCCCAUGACUGGCGGGCUGGGCCCGCCGCGGGUCGCUGGACAGGCAGCGGGUCUGGUCAGCCCAUUCCGGGAGACGAGGCGGACGUCGCCUGUCUGUCCCACCGGUCCCGGGACCCGUGGCGGGCCUGGCCUGCCCGCCACAGGACACAUGGUGGACGUCGCUCCCCCGUCCCGGGACCUGCGGCAAGCCUGGCCCGCCCAUCCCAGGACACGUGGCAAACAUCGCCCGCCCGUCCCGGGACCUGCUGCAGGCCCGGCCCGGCCGUCCCAGGACACAUGGCGGAUAUCGCCUGCCUGUGCGGCGGGACCUGCUCGCCCAUCCUGGGACACAUGACGGACGUCACCUGCCCGUCCCGGGACACGAGGUGGACAUCGCCUGCUUGUCCUGGGACCCGCGGCGGGCCCGACCCGCCCUUCCCAGGACACAUCGCGGAUGUCGCAUUCCCGUCCCAGAACCCGCGGCGGGCCCAGCCCGCCAGUCCUGGGACACGUGGCGGACGUCACACCCCCAUCCUGGGACCUGCGGCCACCCCCGCCCCAGGACACUUUGGGGACGUCGCCCCCGUCCCAGGACCUGCGGCGGCCCCAGCCCGCCCGUCCAGGGAUGUGUGGCGGACGUUGCCCCCUGUCCCGGGACCCGAGGUUGACCCGGACCCCCCUGCCCGGGACACGUGGCCGACAUCUCCCACCAGUCCCAGGACCCGUGGCAGGAUUGGCCCGCCCAUCCCGGGAUAUGUGGCGGGCCCUGCCCACCCAUCCUGGGCGAUGUACACCACAGGUUCCGGGACGGGCGUGCUGGGCGCACCACGGGUCCCCGAACUUGCCCGGCCUGACUGUCCCAGGACCCAUGGCAGGCCCAGACCACCCAUCCCGGGACCCGCCGCCAGCCCAGCCCGCCCGCCCCAGGACACAUGGCGGAUGUCCCAGGACCCAUGGCGGGGACAGCACGCCCAUCCUGGCACCCAUGGCGGGCCUGGCCCAACCGUACCGGAACACAUGGCCGACAUCGCCCACCCGUCCCAGGACCCGUGGCAGGCUUAG